UCUUGUUGCUGAGGUAAACAACACUUUAUCAGAUAGAAAGAUUUACUAUUUAAAUUUUCUAAAAUAUGUGAAAUACUACAUCGAAUAGCAAUUUCUAAUUAUUUUCCAAGCAAUGGCGACCGGUCACAUCCUUCCGGGUUAUGGAAACCCUGUAACCAGAUUGAAAAGAGCUCAAACUGCUUAUCCACUGGAUAAAACAAAACUGAGAGAAAUUGCAGAGAGAAAUGUGGGAACCUUAGAAAAAAGAGACUUGGAAAGUAUAAGACAAAAUGCAAGGAAUAUGUGGCUUGCGCCAAAUUAUGAGCCUACAACAUAUAAUUCAGUUCACCAUCAUUUGACGCUGGAUGAACCAACAGCAUCACGGCCAAGCUCACCUUCAAGACGCCACAAACCCCACCCUAAACCUGUGUUCCUUAUCAAUCGUCUUCACUAUGUUCCCGGCUACCACAACCCCGACACAACUGUCGGCAGGGAUCCGUACAUAGUUGAUGACAGUUAUCCUGAAGAGGAGCGCCAACUGCGACGUCACCAAAGGGAGAAAUUCAUUGCACGCCCAAGGACAGCUGCUGUCAACCAGUACAGUGAACCCUAUGCACCACUGACAGAAUCUGUGGGGCCAGUAGAAGCAUGGGGAGCCCAAGCCUGGCUGAAAACAGCUGAUGACAACUACCAACAUGAGGUUGUGAAUGCCAUCCAAGAUUACAGGGACCAAGAAUUGUUUAAUGUUUCAAAGUCCCCGGUCCCUGCCCCACCCCAAGCUAUGGACGCCACACCAAGGCCUUACACUGCCAUCCCAUCCAUGACCAGGUGGAUGAAACAGGCUGGGGUCAGAGAAGCCCAGGAUGUUCGCAAGAUUCUGUACGGUGGCUACCCUCCCAGCACCAUCCAACCCCUGGGCAGCCUAGGAACACCACCCACCCUCUCCCAACGACGCCAGCAGGUGAUGGACAACGUGCGCAAGGCGAGAUAUGUGCACAAACCGACACGUGGGGACUUUCUUAUACAUCCAGAGUGGCCCCCAAGUUUCCCACAUCAUAAGAUUGACUAAGAUAGGGUGGUCCAGGGAAAACUGUUUAUGUGUGAAUAUUUGUAUUGUUCAUGUAAUUGAUAUGUUAAUACAAAAGUUAUAUAACUGACUUACUGUUCAGUAGGGUGUGAUAUUUUUGAUAAACCAAUUUAUUUGAUACCUGUUAAAUUUACAUCUAAAAUAUUGCAUGAUUUAAUCAUUACAUAUGGAAACCAGAAAAAAAACUCCAAUCACACAUUGUGUUUUCUGAUUCCCUAUCACAUAGUAGCCUAGUGCGCAUGGGCAAAUCUACUUCCUCAAUACUAUGCGGAAGAAACUGGAUGUUUGUUGCCAAUUUUAAAUGCUUUUGUAAAGAAAAUUAUUACACAUUUUAUUUAGAAAAAUACUGAGAUAACAGGAAUCUGUGGAAUUGUAUCACUUCUUGUAUUUUUGUUUAGAUACAUCUCAUUUGACCUUCUUGUGUGAUAUGGACAUAUCUACACCUCAACUUCCAUUCCUUAAAUGAACCGCCUUUCGGCAAUUGCGUUCAUCAAUCGAUGAACGCAACAUCUUCGGAUAUGUUCGGAUCGUAAUUCAUUGCAUAACAAUAUACAUGAAAGCUAUUGAUCUUGUUAUUGGUUGUAUUGUGUCUGCAGGUCCCGUAAAAUAUAGAUCAACAUUUUUAAAAGUGUAAGUUUAUUAUAUCUUAAAUAUAUUGGUACCAGAAGUGUUUUAAUUUUACGUUUUAAAGUGAUUUCAAGUGGUUGAUCUUUUCCCGCGUUAUUGUGAAGUCAUUUGAAAAAAACGUUUCUGGUUAUAGUCGGGUCGUUCUAUUUACAGAAUGGGUAAGAACAGAUUACUGAAAGGUUUUCUUAAAUGAAUUGAAGUAUUUUUUUAACAAUUAUUGAAUGAAAUAAUGAACUAUUGGUGUAAAUAUAAGGAAUGAAUUGCGGGGUUGAUGUCAUUAUCGGGGAUAUGAACACAAUUGGGUUGGUCAAAGUACGCGUGGAGUCCUUCGGACUCCACACACAUUGACCAACCCAAUUGCGUUCAGACCCCGAUAAUGACAUCAACCCCGAACUUCAUUCCUUAAUUAACCCAAGCAACUCAAAGUCAUACAACCCCACCAAACAACCAACUUAAAUAAUAUUUCCUGUGUAUUAUGAUAUGGAGCAAGUGAUAUAAAUGUUGCUUUAGUAUGAUUAUGGUAUAAUUGCGCGUCCCUGUGAAUGCAUUUUAAAAAACCCUGAUAGCUUUAAUCAUUGCCCCUUAUUUAUUAUUGUGAUAUACUGCGAUUUUGCAAAAUUUCCAUCCCUACUGUUCAGCAAAUUUUGGUAAUUAUUGAUGAAUUGAAACGAAUCAAUUAACCAUUUUAAUAUCCUUUUUUUUCCAAAAUAAAUAUCAUUAACUUACAUUUGAACUAAUGUUUUAUUCAGCUUAAUUAAUGUGAGUUGGAUUCAAUGUUUCAGAUUUUUUCAGUCGGUGAUGUUUUAUAAUUUAAUUGUACUUUAACCAAAUACUGAACAUUUACAAACAUGUUAUCUCUUUGUACAUUUUAGGCAUUUUAUAAUUAUUGAGUGUAUCCAUAUACAACCAAAGUGCUAGAAUAGUAAUUUUAAGGAAAUAAUGUAUUUAGUAGGUAAAAGUAAAUGCUUUCGAAAUAAAACCAGAAAACAAAUCUUUAAUUUAAUGAACAAUUCACCCAAGAUAUCAGUCCAAGGUCUUCCAAAUUGAACUGAUUUUGUUUGCCCAGCAAGAGCACAGUUUUCAUUUAUCCCAUUUUAACUUCAACUUGUGCAAUAUGCAUAUUUUGAAUGGACAUGUUCAACAAUUCUUUUUUACACAUUUUUAUCUAUGUACAUGUAUACAUAAGUCAGAAGUUUCACCUAUACUGGAAAGCACUGAACUAUAUAUAUUUAUAUGUGAUUUAUACUCUGUAUCAGAUUUGAAUUUGUGCAUGGUGUUUAUAGACAGAAUUUGAUGUGCUGAGUGUGUUAUGAUGCUCACAUAAUACUCUUGUAUCAGUUAUGUAUCAGAAUACAUUGCAUUUAUUGUGUAUAAACAACUUUCAUUAUGGCUUGGUUAUAUUAUACACCAGAUAAUAUGUAAUUAUUAACCAAAAUGCAUAGAAGUCACAGGAUUCAAUCACUAACCAAAUAAGAAUAUGUUUUCCUUUAAUAAUCCAUUUAUUAGUAAUAUUGUUAAAAAACACACUAACUUUCUAUGGCUGUUUCUGGUAAACUACAAUAUACAAUAUCACAUCCCAUAGUGCGUACUAUGCUUUCGAUAAAGUUUAACAAAUAAUAAACCUUGUAUACUUUUCAAUUUUAGAAUCAUUAAGUAUGAUUUUUGAUUCCGAUGUCCCGGUAAGCUGUUUUCGAUCAGAAUAGUAAAUUUUCAAUUCCAAUUAUCAAUCAUGUAUUUGAUGUGUAUUGAUCAUUCUUCCAAGCAGUUGUCAUAUUCAUAUGGAAUUGCCAAAGCUGGAAUUCAGAUUGUAUUUGUUGUCUGCCAAUAUGCCUAGUUAGCAUUGCCAAAAUGUAUGUUGCUUAAGUUCUGUAGUCACUUAUAAUUGCCAGUUUGUAGAAACUUAUAAUUGCCAGUUUGGCAAGUUGUCAUUUUUUUACCACUCAUGGUUCAAACAACUAAUUCACCAGUAUUAUUAGGAUUAUUUAGAUGCACCUCAUAAUUCAUAAUUAGAAAAUCUGUCUGGCCCUCAUAAAAUUGUUGUAAACAUUUUGAUGGUUCAGUGACUUUUUUGCAAGAGACAUGAAACGAAAAAGCUGAAAAUAAAUUUUCAGACUAGUAAAAGCUGUCAGUUUUUGCUUUCUUGUUAAACGUGAUAAAAACGUUCCUACACCUAUGAUUUAUUGAAUGUAAUCAUUCCACUGUAGCUUUGUUUUUGCAUUUGAAAAUUGUAAUUUUUCUUUGAAGGAGCAUUUUCACUGUUAUAAAUCUUCAUGCCUUGCAAAUAGAAACUAUAUCUUAAUGUUCCAAUUGGUGUUACAUGUUCUUAGGUAGUUUUAGCUGAAUUUUGCUUGGAUUUAAUCUUGUGUGCAUUAGUUGUUACUGUUUUAAAUGAUGUUAUCUACCAUAUGUUAUGUUACUGUUAAAAAUCGUUUAUAUCAAAAGUUUAUUAUUUUGUUUAAAUUAGAAACCCGUGAUAUUUUUCAAUAGAAGCCAAAUAAAAUAUUUA